AUGAGCUCUCCUGUCUCUGUCAUGGAGCCAGAAGACGCUGCAGCUGGGGAGUAUGCAGAAUCCCAGCUUAUGUACAGGAUAGAGCGUCCGGUGUACGAUGAAGGUUUCAUCAGGACAAAGCUUCUCCACCACAAAGAAAACUCCACAACCCUCCGACAGAGGCUCGCACAACACUGCAGGUGUUCAAAUGAAAAGGCCAAAGCAGCACUGGUGAGUUUCCUGCCCAUUUUAACAUGGCUGCCAUCCUACCCGGUGAAGCAGUACCUGUUUUCAGACGUGGUCUCAGGUCUCAGCACAGGAGUCGUGCAGCUCCCGCAAGGUCUGGCCUACGCCAUGCUGGCUGCUGUACCUCCGGUUUAUGGUCUGUACUCCUCGUUCUACCCUGUCCUGCUUUACACCUUCUUUGGCACAUCCAGGCACAUAUCAGUGGGCACCUUUGCAGUCAUAAGUCUGAUGAUCGGAGGGGUUGCGGUGAGGGAGGCACCUGACUCCAUGUUUCUCACCAUGCCUGUAAACGGCUCCAACACGUCCGCCGUGCUCAACGUGGAGGCUCGUGAUGCGAGGAGGGUUCAGGUGGCUGUCGUGCUCACAACGCUGGUGGGAAUCAUACAGUUUGUCCUCGGUCUUCUCAGGUUUGGGUUUGUGGCGAUCUACCUCACGGAGCCCCUGGUGCGAGGCUUCACUACGGCUGCGGCUGUGCACGUUGUCGUCUCUCAGUUAAAGUACCUGCUGGGGGUGAAGACGCCGCGCUUCAGUGGGCCUCUUUCUGUAAUCUAUAGCUUAAAGGAGGUACUCAGUGACAUCACCAGCACCAACAUCACCACUCUCAUCCUGGGCCUCUCGUGCCUCAUAUUCCUGUAUGCGAUCAAAGACCUCAACGAGCGCUUCAAGAAAAAACUGCCCAUUCCUAUUCCUGGAGAGAUCGUUGUGGUCAUCGUGUCCACCGGCGUCUCGUUUGGACUUUCCUUAUCGGCCGACUACAAGGUGGACGUGGUUGGAAAGAUCCCGACAGGGCUCCUCCCUCCCGCUGCCCCAGUCUUCUCCCUGUUGCCCAAUCUGGUCACAGACUCCUUUGCCGUAGCAAUCGUGGGAUUCUCAAUGGGCAUCUCACUCGCAAAGAUCUUUGCCCUGAAGCACGGCUACAGCGUUGACGGCAACCAGGAGCUGAUUGCUCUCGGUCUGUGCAACUUCGUCAGCUCUUUCUUCCAAACCUUCGCCAUCACCUGCUCCAUGUCGAGGAGCCUGGUGCAGGAGAGCACGGGUGGAAAAACUCAGAUUGCAGGGCUGCUGGCGUCGAUGGUGGUGCUGCUGGUGGUGGUGGCCAUCGGUUUCGUCUUCCAGCCGCUCCCUCAGACUGCGCUGGCCGCCAUCAUCAUGGUGAACCUGUUGGGGAUGUUCAAACAGUUCAGAGACAUUCCUGCUCUGUGGAGGACCAGCAAGAUCGAACUGGCCAUCUGGCUGGUAGCCUUCGUAGCAUCUGUGCUGUUGGGCCUGGACUACGGACUCCUGGUGGCCCUCACAUUCGCCAUACUGACAGUCAUCUACAGAACACAGAGCCCUAAAAGCGGCGUCCUGGGACUUGUUCCCGACUCAGGCCUGUACUGUGACGUGGACGAGUAUGAAGAGGCGGCUGAAUUUGAGGGGAUUAAGAUUUUCAACUCCAACUCUUCUAUCUACUUUGCCAACAGCGACCUUUAUGUGAACUCUCUCAAAGAGAAGACUGGAGUAAACCCCGAGCGAUUACAAGCUGCUCAAAAAGCCCAAAUGAAACGGCGCGAGAAGGAAAACGGUAACCAAAACUCUCCUCUGAAGAUUUGUGCAAAGUAUAAGGAGCCAGCUGUGACCCAUGAGGUACUGUCCCAAAACCACCUGGACGAGGACGAGCAGAGGAACGGCCAGCUCGGGGACCAACACAGCGAGUCGGAACACAUCUUCCUCGAACCUCUCAGCGCCGUCCACUCCAUCGUCCUGGACUGGACGUCUGCCAACUUCAUCGACUCUGUGGGGGCCAAAGCCAUCAAACAGGUGAUCAGGGAAUACGCUGCUGUGGAUGUUAAAGUGGUUAUAGCUGGCUGCAGCAGAAGUCUCAUGUCUGACCUGGACAGCUUGCAGUUUUUCAGCGAGGUUGUGACUCCAGAGAUGGUGUUCCCCACCGUCCACGAUGCCGUGCUGCGAUGUCUUCACUCUAAGCCCCGCCCAUUAGCUGCUCCAACCAAUGACACUACAGCAGCCACAGAACCCUAACGUGUGGAGGGUUGGAUUUCAGAGGUUUCCUGUUCAGCUGUUGUGUUUAAUGAUCUCUACUAUGGCAGUAGAGAUGAAGUGAGCGAUCAUUCAUAUUGAAUAGAGCAGUGUUUGUAACGUUCAUAGAGGCACCUGGCCGAUCAGAAAUUCACUAUUGAGUUUCCAGCUGACAUUCCCACAGCCUUACGGCCAUAGCACACCAAGUCUGGGUUUUUUUCGCCCCAAAUUGACGCACGUUAAUAAAGAAAAAGGAUCUCAUGUUUGCAUACUGCCUAUGAAUCUGAAUACACAUCCUUCCCUGUGUGUGUCUGUGGAAAUUGGUGUUCUUUUCAAUGUGUGGUUCCAGUAUAGAGCAGCGUAUGAAACUGGACCACUGACAUCACACCUGGAAGCUCAUCAACAGGUGAAACUCUCCUCGCUCUUUUCUUCAGGAGAGGACAGACACCGUUUUAAAAAAAAAAAAAUUGUUAAAGAAUUACAAAAUCCUCUUUCCUGCUUGAUCACUGCGUGAUGAGAACAAGUCAUGCUGCGAAUUCUCAGUCAAUGGAAAAAUGAACCCUGGCCCAGUGUGCAAGGUGUCGGUGCGUCACCUUAUCAGAUCACAGAUUUCAAAAACAUAUCCGACAUAAACAGACUUGGUGUGCAAAGGCCUUUAUUCCUCUGCAUCCUCUGAGAUUGUUAAGAUGUGUACUUUUUAAGUGUUUGCCUGUACGGUAUAGGACAGCUGAAGAUAGACAGGAAAUGUUUAGAGGAGAGUGGGGGGGAUGACAUGCAGCAAAGGGUCGAGGUCGGAUUCAAACCCACGUCUGCUGCCACUAGGACUUUAGGCUGCGUACAGAACCUUGAGGUUAUGAGGUAGAAACUUUUCCCCGCUCUUUCUAAGGAGAAGUGUGUUAGCAAGCGAUAAAGAAUAGUGGCAGCUGUGUCUGAGGAUGAUUUCUGUAAGAGUGUAGUUCGUCUAAACUGACCAUCUCAUUUUCAAGCUGUUAAGAAAUGUUUAAGGUUACUGAGAACAUGUGUAGGGAUGGAUAUCCGAGUAGAUGUUCUGCUGUAUUUUGGUGUCAAAUGUGUAUUUAAACCAGCAAGAGCACUAUCAAUGUUGUUACAGUAUAGUUUCACUCCUGUAUGGGUGAAAAACUAAUGUAGUAUUAUACAUGCUGCAGGUGUACGUUGUUAAAAAGAA